UCAGUGGACCCAUGUUGUUGUGGCGGUGUGAGAAACAGGCAAAGGUUUUCUGUUUCCGUUCGAGCUUCGUGCUCCCCGGAACUGGCCCGACAUCGCCGCCAUGGACGAACGAGAUGUUUGGGCUCCUCAUGCCAAGGAGGGCUUUGUCAGAGGCAAAGUUGUUGACCUGGGAACAAGCACUCUUACGGUUCAACCGUAUGCCGGAGGCGAGCCCAUCGUAGCGGCGUACGACCGAGUGUUCCCGUGCGAGGAUGAACGUGGAACGAAUUUGGACGACAAUUGUGCCCUGAUGUUCCUGAAUGAAGGCAAUCUGCUGGAUAACUUGCGCCGACGCUUUCAGAGUGGAAGCAUCUACACGUACGUUGCAAACAUAUUACUGUCUGUCAACCCGUGUCAGCCGGUCCCCGAACUCUACUCACACAAGACUAUUGCAGCGUAUCAAGGCCGCUCACUUGGGUCUAUGCCACCGCAUGUCUUUGCAAUUGCGGACAAGACAUAUCGUGAUAUGCGCACAUCAAACCAGAGCCAGUCCAUCAUUGUCAGUGGUGAAAGUGGCUCUGGAAAGACAGAAACCACCAAGUACAUUAUCCGGUACUUGACAUCUCUGCGAAGCUCUAAGGCAAGGGCAACUAGUCAAAUUGAGCAGCAACUUGUUGAAGCAAAUCCUCUCCUGGAGUCCUUUGGCAAUGCGAAGACCACACGGAAUGGCAACAGUAGUCGGUUUGGAAAGUACAUGGAAGUUCACUUCAGUGAAAAGGUUCGUAAUCCAGGGCGCAUUGACUAUGAAGAGGCCACAGUUGUGGGAGGGUCCGUGUCCCAUUACCUGCUCGAGAAGUCCCGCAUUGUCUCGCAGGCGCAGGAAGAGCGCAACUACCACGUCUUCUAUCGUCUUUGUGCCGCAUCACCGCCGGAGCUGCGGCAGGCCCUCUUCCUGAGCCAGGCCAGCGAUUUUCAUUACCUGAAACACAGUUGCCUGACUGACCCAUCAAUCGAUGACGUAGAGGAUUUCAAGAGCCUGCAGAACUCCAUGACGCAAGUUGGGCUGGAAGAAAGGGAGAAGAUAGCUAUUUUCACGGUCAUUGGCGCUGUGCUUCAUCUAGGCAAUAUCGAAUUUGUGGAGAAUACAGAAUCAACUAAGGGUGGUUCACUGAUCGCCAAGAGGGCACUGCAGUCAUCACAGCGGGCAGCGUCACUGUUAGGUCUGUCAAUCGACACACUGUGUGAAGCACUACUCACACGGGUCAUGACGACGCGGCGAGGUGGUGCCAAGGGCACUGUGAUCGGUGUCCCGUUGAAGCAAGAUCAAGCUACAAAAGGCCGAGAUGCUCUGGCAAAGGCCAUCUACAGUCGCCUCUUCGACUACAUCGUUGAAAGGGUCAAUAGCUGCUUCCCUGUGGAGCGAUCUGCCAACUUUAUUGGUGUUCUCGAUAUUGCCGGAUUUGAGUAUUUCCAACGGAAUUCGUUCGAGCAGUUCUGUAUCAAUUACUGCAAUGAGAAGCUCCAGCAGUUCUUCAACGAGAGUGUGCUGAAACACGAACAACAGCUGUAUAAAACCGAAGGUCUAGGACUGUCACAUAUUGAGUACAUUGACAAUCAAGAUUGUAUUGAGUUGUAUGAAGCUCGUGGUCAUGGAUUGAUUGACUUGCUGGACGAGGAAUGUCGUCUCCCUGCUGGUUCAGUGGAGCACUUUACGUCCGUUGUACAUAACAAACAUGGCAAGCAUUUCAGAUUGAUGAAUCCACGACGUUCGAAGCUUGCAUUCUACAAGUCGAUGCGUGACAAUGAAGGCUUUGUCGUACGGCAUUAUGCUGGAGCUGUUUGCUACGAAACAACGCAGUUCAUGGAGAAGAAUAAUGAUGCUUUGCAUGACAAUCUUGAGUUGCUGAUGCAAGAGUCAAGCGACCCUCUCAUCCAGAAGCUCUUCCCAAUGCGCUCACCAGCCACCGAGUCGAAAAAGCCCGGCAAAAGUAAACUGAUCUUCGCGAGCAUUGCAGAUAAAUUCCGCGCCCAGUUGAAGCAGUUGCUGGAGAAGCUAAACAGUACUGGUGCCGCGUUCAUUCGAUGCUUGAAGCCAAGUGUGAAAAUGGAGAAGGGUGUAUUCAAGGGUGGACAAGUCUUGAGUCAGCUGCAAUCUGCUGGAAUGGUAUCGGUCUUGUCGCUGAUGCAAACCGGCUUUCCAUCUCGGACGGGAUUCCAAGCACUCUACGACAUGUACAAGGCAUACUUGCCAGCUAAACUUGAAGGACUGGAUCCGCGUACCUUUUGCCAGGCAUUGUUCCGGGCACUGGGUCUCAGUGACUAUGACUACCGCUUUGGACUAUCCAAAGUCUUCUUCAAGCCAGGGAAGUUUGCUGAGUUUGACCAGAUCAUCAAGUCGGACCCGGAAAACAUUGCUCGGCUGGUCAAGAAAGUUCAGAAGUGGCUUGUGUGUAAGAGGUGGCGUCGUGCCCAGUUUGCCGCCAUCUGCGUCGUCAAGCUGCAAAGGAAAAUCCAGGCAAGAAAGCAAGGUGCUGUUAUUGUUCAGAAGUCGGUUAGAGGAUACUUCGUGCGGAAACAGAAUCAAGCAAGGGUGCGUGCCUAUCCGCAAGCCGUCAAGCUGAGGCAUCAGCUGGGUACCAUUGAAGAGUCCUUGGGAACUUUGACAAAGUACCGUGCCAACCUUAGUCCUAAACUAGGAGACCUGAAGAAAAAAAUCGAUACAUUUGUUCAGCAGCUGAAGGCAAAGCCACUUGCGCAGUCCGUUGUGGACACAUCGCUGCAGACAUAUGCAAGGCAAAUCGACGACAUCACACAAGAGCUUCACAGUCUCGCCCGCAAGGAAAAGGAAGAAAAGGAGAUGGAGCGAAUCCGUCUCAUCCAAGAGAGUCUGGAAAGAGAGCGCAAGACUCGUGAAGAGGAAGAGCGGCGACGAGAAGAAGAGGAGAAGCUGAGAAAGGAACGCGAGAGGAAGCUAAGAGAAAUUGAGCGGCAGCGGAGGCAGGCUGAGGAGGAAGCUAUGAGAGCACGGGUUGAGGUGCAGCGUCGCCAAGAAGAGGAAGAGGAGCGUCUCUUUUUGCUUCACGAGCAACAAGCCGAAGAAGAAGCGCGUCGCAUGGCUGCUGAGGAGCAGGAGAGGAGAGAUCGAGAACUGGCAGAGCGGCUAGCACAGGAUGCUGCUCGGCCUCAGGAAGUUCUCCUUCGAGAGGCUGCUGAUCCGCAGUCUCGUCCAGCGUCUGUGUCUGACGCUGUUCCAACCAGCCCACAACGGCAGCAUACUACUCCAACUACCGCCCCGUCCACCGUGACAUCAACGGCAGCAACAACAACAGCACCGCGGCAGCAUGUAGCAGCUGCACUUACUGGCAAGCGUGACCUUACAAAGUGGAAAUAUGCUGACUUGCGUGAUACCAUCAAUACCUCUACAGAUGUUGAGCUGCUGAUUGCGUGUCGCGACGAGUUCCAUCGGCGAAUCCGCGUCUACCAAGCAUGGAAGUCCAAGAACAAGCAACGCGACACUGCAUCACCAUCAGGCCUGCCCAGUGAGCUGAGAAACACUCCUUCACCACCACCCCCGCUGCCCGCUCGUGGUGGUCAACCGUCCAACUCUCCCGUGCCAAGCCGACCACCCAAAUCUGCGGCGUUGACCAAGCCAUCACAACCAAGCACAGCCACGGCCAACUCUGCUGCUGCUGCUGCUGCAUCGUUACCCCGCCUGGCACAAGCUCCUCUGUCGUCGCCAAUCGCACCGCCCCGACCUGCGGCGGCCGCGACCGCUGCACCCGUGCAAGCACCGGCCGCGCCGCAGCGCACCAUGGCCUCUGCGUUUGCAGCUCAGCCGCAGCGCUUCUUCCGUGUGCCCUUCAUACGGCCUUGCGACCAGGCUCAGGCCAAGACAGCGUACCGCAAGAAGGGCUGGUGGUAUGCUCAUUUUGAUGGUGAGUGGAUAGCAAGACAGAUGGAACUGCACCCGGACGCUUCACCCGUACUACUUACAGCUGGUAAGGAUGACAUGGACAUGUGCGAACUGCCGCUGGAAGAGACAGGCUUAGGGCGCAAGCGUGGUGCCGAGAUCCUCGAGUCUGAUUUCGAGAAGGUCUGGGCCAAACACGGCGGGCAGCCCUAUCGCCUGUACCGGGUGGUAUCAAUGGACUGAAUAUGUACGCAAGUGAUCACAGUCUCCUUGUACCCUCUAUUGUUAGUCACAUCUUCCCAUUGCCCCGCUCAGAUUCUCCCAUAUUUCCCCCCAUUGCCUAGCUCCGUUGCAUGAAUUUUGGAAUUUCUAUUUUACCAAUUGCCCCGGCGUUGUGUCAAUGAUAGCUGGUUAUAUAUACUGCUGAUCUCACCGCAGCAUUGCCUUUCCAUUUCUCCACUCAGCAUCUAUCCAGCGAUUAACUUUAUGACUCUCAAACGAUAUUGCACUUUGACUAUGGCGUGCAAAUACUCAUUCCAAUGUUGAAUGCACUGCCUCGAUUUUUUUCCUUUUAAUAGCUAGCUUUCAGUUAUAUUAAUUUUUUUGAAAUGUACAUAAUGUAUACAUCCUGCAGGUUGGGUGUCUCACACUGCCCUCACAAUAGCUACGACUGUGUAUGCAUUUUCUAGGUUGAUUUCAAGCAGCAGCACAGUAUUUUUCCUUCAUAUAUAUUCAUUGUAUAGUGCAUGCACACUGAUUGCAAUCCAUUGAAAUGCAUCCAAAGAGUGCAGAAUAAAGGGAACGAUUGCAUCAUGAUAAUCAUCAUGAUCAUCUCAUGGA